UCUGUUGAUCGACGGUGUGUGUUCACUUCGCUCUGAGCGGGGGCCAUACAAUUGUAUGGGAGGAAGCAGACAUGCGUUUGGAGCUCCAUGAGCAAAUGUUUACGGUCAGCGGUUUCCUCUUGUGGGCACGACUUAUUUCGUUCGUAGCGAGAGGAGAGCUUACUACCUGAGCGGCGUAGGUAGGCUAGUUCAACAAUCAGAUCCAGUCUACCUGAACGCAAGGGCGCUCUGGCUAGAACAACAAAGGGGAAAUACACAAUCCUUUGCACGUUGAGAUGUAGAUGCGAUGACGGCUGGCUCCAGAGACCAGAGGAAGUGGCGCUUGCCUCUGUGCUCCCCCCACAGACCCAGUCUUUGACAUCACAGACAAGCACCAGACACUUUUCGCCUGACGCUAGCUCCCCAACCCUGAUUUUGCUCUUCUUCCUCUUUGGGUCAUCAUGGAACACCAAGGCCUGCUCUCCAUCAUCGUGGUCAUUCUAGGGGUUAUGGCUACAUGUGUGGCCAGGCUUACCCCCCGAGUCUCCUUUCCUAUGGGAACACCCGGGAGGUCUCUCAGCCACUUCGACAGCUCGGACGUCGGCAACACCACGACACUGUUGCUAAGCGAUGAUGGGGACACGCUGUUUGUGGGAGCGCGGGAUGCAGUUCUCUCAUUGGAUGUCAGCCAGGAGGACGCCAUUGUGAUGAGGAGCAAGCUGGACUGGUCCCCCUCAGAGAAGGACCUGGACGAAUGCUCCAUGAAGGGCAAGAAAAAGACGGACUGUCCCAACUUCAUCCGGGUGCUGCAGUUCCUCAACUCAACGCACAUGUAUGCCUGUGGAACCUUCGCCUUCAGCCCACGCUGCACCUACAUCAACUCUGAGAUGUUCUCCCUGGUGACGAGCCCCAGCGGAAAGCCAGAGGAGGGCAGAGGUCGCUGCCCCUACGACCCCUACCAACGUAACUCGGCCAUCACCGUCGAUGGAGAGCUGUACACUGGAACGGUAGCGGACUACAUGGGAAACCGGCCAGUCAUCUCCCGCCACCUCAGCGAGGGCAGCCAUGUUGAUCUGAAGCUGGAUGACACUUUGGGAUGGCUGGAGGAUCCCACUUUCAUCAGCUCCAACUUCGUCCCCAGUGAGGAGAAGAUCUAUUUCUUCUUCAGCGAGGUGGGCCGGGAGUACGACUUCAUUGACAAGUUCACUGUAUCUCGCAUCGCCCAAGUCUGCACGAGUGACAUUGGGGGCCAUCGUACCCUGCAGCGACGCUGGACCACCUUCGCCAAAGCCCAGCUCCUGUGCCAGUCUGACCACGAGCUGCCCUACAAUGUCAUCCAGGACAUCGUCACCCUCCCGCCACCUGAGGGGGCCCCAGUGGACGACACCCUUUUCUUCGGCAUCUUCAGCUCUCAGUGGUCGGUGAACUCAGGGCAGUCGGCAGUGUGUGCGUUCCGCCUUGGUGACAUCAAAGCGGUCUUCGCAGGCAACUACAAGGUCCUGAAUCGGGACACGCUUCGGUGGAGCAUGCGGGUUCAGGAGAAGGUCGCCAACCCGGGAGAGUGUGGUCUGCACAACGCCUCAGACAACACCCUUCGCUUUGUCAAAGAAAACUUCCUUGCGGACGACAGCGUACACCCUGUGGGGCGGAGCCUGACCAUGGUGUCACCUGACCAGCACUAUAGCCACGUGGUCACGCAGAGAGUACAGGCCGCCAAUGGCAAGGACUACACCGUUCUCUUCCUGCUCACAGAAUCUGGCUACCUCCACAAAGCAGUGCUGCUGGAGAAGGGUGCACACAUCAUUGAGGAGAUCCAGGUCUUCGAGCGGCCUCAGCCCGUGAAGAACCUCCUGCUCUCCAUAUCCAAGGGUGUGGUGUUUGUGGGCUCAUCAGAAGGCGUGGUGAGGGUCCCGGCCUCCAACUGCUCCUACUACUGGAGCUGCGCCGAGUGUGUGCUGUCCCGGGAUCCCUUCUGUGGCUGGGACCCCUCCAACAAAGUCUGCACCCACGCCACCAGCAUCCAGGACAACAUAGGCCAGGAUGUGGAUGAAGGGAAUGUGCAGGAGGCGUGUGCUUCGCCCAGAUCCAGAUUUGGACUGCACAAAGGUAAAGCAGACUCCUUUCCCCCAGGCGAGCUGGUGUCUGUGUCCCUGAAUGAGGUGGUGCGACUGCAGUGCCCAGAGGCCUCGAGCCUGGCCCACCGCCACUGGGAGCGACCCAACAGCCGCCUCUCCCCGGACCUCUACCUGCAGUUGGAGGACGGAAGCCUGCACUUCCUGGCCACGCCCACCACCCUGGGCCACUACCUGUGUCUCUCCACAGAGAAUGGCUUCCAGCAGAACCUGGCCAUCUACCAGGUAAAGCAGAAGAGCAGCCCCACCCCUCUGGCCACUGCCCCUGGCAUGACGCCCACCCGCCCCCAGAGCCCGGCACUCCCCCAGAGCCCGGCCCUCCCCUCAACCACCCAGGCCAGCUCAGGAGGAUGGUUCACCCCACACUUGACUGGGCCCAAGCAGACCGAGCCGGAGCCCACCGAGCCGGCAAGGGAGACUCCGGUCACCACGAGGCGGACCAGCAGGAACUUUACUUUCUGGGUGGAGCAGUCGGGGGAGACUGAGGCGGAGUCGCGGGGAGGGGAGAAGCUGCUGCUGGUGAACACCUACCUGAAGGAGCUGUUGGUGGUGUCUGUACUGCUAGUGUGCUGCGUUAGCAUUCUGCUAACCAUGGCGCUAUAUAGCAUGAAGCAGCGCUGCCGCAGCAGGACGGCGCCCCAGGCCAACACCCCAGGGAGGGACUCUGAGAGGGGUGGCCCUCAGGAGCGGGAGGCCCUUCAGGGGGAUCAGUCGCCGCGCAGCAAUGACAAGCGGAACGGGCAGCUGGCACACAACGGCCAAGUCAACGGGGUCGUGUGCAACGGCACGCCGAGGGGCUCUAAUGGGCAUCUGCCCAACACCCCUAUCUGAGCACAGUCAACCACAUCUCACCCUAACUAUUGACAUACCAUAUCCACACUACCUGAGAACAAUGUAGCCUUUACAUGGCCACUCUGAUUUUACAUCAACACGGCUAACUGCAGCACUGUGUGUGGACUGUCAUGACAGUGAGUAAGACUGUAUGGCCUGAUGUCGUAACUCAACUAAAAGUACACAGUUUUCUUCUGGUACGAUACCAGCCUGUGUGAAUAAAAUGGGCAGACUGAUAAACAUGAUUCACUGCUGUUAUAUAAUAUUGUGUAUUAUUGUGCUGUAUAUACUUUGGAGACGAGGUUCCAUUGACUAGACUGUUAUUGUGUAUUUAAUGAAAGAGCCAAGAAAGCCGAUUUUAUCGAAUGUACAUGAAGGACUGCAUCACUUCACUGCCACAAAAACUGCCUCUGCCACUACACUGCCACAAAAAAAAAACGAAAUGGCUCCUAAAGAGGUUUCCUAGCACUAACUAUUAACUAACGUGUCCACUCAAAUCACAGGCAGUGUGGAUGCAUAUCGCGAGGAACGCAAAAACAGCCUUUUCUGUUGUAACAGUGAUUUUGUAGCAUUAGGUCUACAUUGUUAAACCACUUUCUUUCUAUGCAGCGUCAUAGCGAAAGUUAGCGGAGCACGUUGUAUGGUACAAUGUUCUAUUGUUAUUUAUUUUGCUGGUUUAUUUUUGUCAUUCUGUUGAAUGUGCUGCCAAUGACUUCAAGUAUUUCUAACUUGCUUUUCUUUUUUCUCUUUCACCCAAAAUGCACAUUUCUGGAAAUCCUGCAGUCUGUGAAGCCAUGAGAACAUGAUGUUGAUUUGACACUGUAGGGCUUAUCUCUUCCAGAAACAAACAAGUUUAUGCUGGUGUUUAGAGACCUUUUAGUUUAGAUAAUGUAUGUGUUGUCAGCUAAUUAACUGGACAGAAAUCUGAAAAUCACUUCGAAAACUGUGAUAUUGCCAAAAUUGCAUUUAGAAUGAAAACACAUGUUUUUUUGCUAGACAGCUAUUCAGAAACUAAAAACAGAUGAAAAAGUUGGUUCAUUUUAAGCUGCUUUAGAUGCUGAUGAGAAAGACUAAUAGUUAUUAAACAAAUGUAUGGUACUCCUUGUCUUUGGUACAGAUCACAAACCACUUAAAUAAGUUGUUUUGUCUUUAUUUUUAUACAAUCGUAUCUUACUGUUGCAAAUAAACUGUUCAAUUUGUGCAAAAAUAA